CACGACUGUUUUAGUCACUUUGAGAAGGGAUUUCGUUGAGACUAGUCGACUUCAUCUUUUUGCUUUCAAAUAUUAUUUUCGUGUGUGUUAAAAAAAAACUACAAAAAAAAAAAAAACGACGAUGAAGGGCGAAAAAGUUUUUGACGAUGAACGUGAGCGUGGAAAGCCGGGCUUGUCGAAGAGUUCCAUGCGAUCGCAGCGCAACGAUGCGGAUCAAAUCGACAAGAAGCUGAGGGAAAUCAAAGACCAAAAGGCUCACUUCAACGAAAUGACGGGUAGCCUGGAAAGUCUCGUAACGCCAGUUAAUUCAAAAACUUUGACAAAAAGUGAAAAGAAGCAAGACAGCCCUGAUAAACAGGCCCUCACCCUAGACGAUCUGCCAUCUGGUUCUGCGGCAAGUAUCAGCCAAUCGGUCGGCCAAUCAGCGGUGGCACAGCCGGAGAAGGAGGUGACAACUGAGGAAAUAAGCAUCGAUCCGGUUGCGAAUAUGUUCGUAAUGCAACCGGAUGGCACUCAUGAGUGCUAUGCCGGGGAAUCGCCGAUUACCCCGAACGAGCAGGUGCCUGGCAUGCGAGAGGUCCGUAUCAACGAUGGGGAACUCAUCAUCUUGACCGGCGGGAACGGCGAGAUCGUGUACCAUCCGGAGGAUACCGUUGCUAUAGACAUUAACGAUUCACGUGUUUUCGUCGUUGACGCACAGGAAAGUGGCGUUUCCUUUGUUCAGGCAACUGAGAGUCAGGAGGAAUUGGACAUCGAUAGUAUUAUAGAGUUUUUGCCGGAGGAACAAGACACUACAACCAUGGAGAUCGAUGGAGGAGUCCAGUCGGCAAGUUGUGCGGAUGUUGCAGAUACGGCUCAAUUGCCAAGUUGUGCAGCAAUUCAAGAAGAUCCAGACCAAGUUAUUCCGGUGGAGUGUGAUGAAACCACUCAGCCCCCAGAAGUUCGUAGUGAAGUGGUUGAGUAUGGAGAGGACGGUCCCAGUCACUUGGAUAAGUCAACGAAGCCUGGGGAAAACUAAUGUGAUGUCUAGAAAUUUUUUCAAUUUCUUAAACUAUAAAGCCACCAAAUAAACGACAUUGUACAAAAUAA